CCUGCUCACUUACCCCAUUCCUUCCGCAGGUGACGUCCACUCAGCUCUCCUGCCCUCCCACCACCAGCUCCGUGCUCUUCCUGGCCGACAGCGAGGCGGAGAUGCAGAGGUGGACCCAGGUGCUGAGCGAGCUGCAGCAGCUGCUGCGACAGAACCGGCACUGCGACCGCGCGGUCUACAUGCUGAAGGAGGCCUACGACAACGGGCUGCCCUUCAUCCCCCACGCCCUCUCAGCCGCAAUCAUAGACCGGGAAAGGCUUACUCUGGGUACGGAUUACGGACUUUUUCUCGUUAAUCUCAGGACAAACGAUGUGCUGCGGGUGGGCGACUGCCGGCGGGUGCAGCUGCUGCUGGUCUCCCCCGAAGCUCAGCUGCUGUCCGUGCUCUGCGGCAAGAACCAUGGGCUACGCAUCUUCUCGUGGGCGGAGCUGGAGACCCCCGAGGCGCCGGGAACCAAGAUGGUGGAGGCCAAAGGCUGCCAAGCAGUGGCCGUGGGGCUGAUCUGCCGCGGCAUGACCCCCGUGCUGUGUGUGGCCUGCAAACGGCAGGUGCUGUGCUUCCAGCUGACGGCCACGCACCCGCCCCACCGCCGUAUCAAGGAGAUCCAAGCGCCAGGAUACGUCCAGUGCCUGGAUGUAUUGGGGGACCGGCUCUGCGUGGGCUACCCGUCCGGCUUCUCCCUCUACCCUCUACUCAACGAAGGAUCUCCAGUCAGUCUGCCCCACGCGGAUGACGUUCGGGCGAAUGCCGUGGCCCAGAUGAAAGCGCUGAAAGCCGUGGAGGUCAGCCUGAGCGAAUUCAUCUUGUGCUUCAGCGGUUUCGGCCUCUACGUGGACCCGCACGGACACCGCAGCCGUGCCCAAGAGCUGAUGUGGCCAGCCACUCCUCUCAGCUGCUGUUACAAUGCUCCUUAUUUGUCUGUAUUCAGCGAAAACAGCCUCGAUAUCUUUGACGUCCGGAAGGCGGAGUGGAUUCAGACUAUCUGUCUGAAAAAGGUGCGCGCACUGAAUCCCGAGGGCUCCUUGUGCACCUUUGGCAGCGAAAAAGUCCGGCUGACCUACCUCGGGAACAAAGCCGCAGACCAGGAUGAGUUCGAAAUCCCUCAGACCACUGAUAACAGCCGGCGAUACCUCAUGAGGACUAGGCACAAGCGGUGCUUCUCUUUCUGCAUCUCCGAGGAGGAGCGGCAACAUCAGAGGAGAGAAAUGAUGCGCAACCCCAGCCUCCGCGCUAAGCUCAUCUCUUCCCCGAGCGACUUCAACCACCUCGUCCACGUCGGGCCGAGCGAAAAGCAGCGUCAACUACAGGACCUACACUUGGCGCAGGAAGAGAAGAAGAGGGAGGCCGAAGUCCGAAUGCGCUGCAGCAGCCUCUCCGAGAUGCGACUGCCAUCACCCGAGGGCCAAAAUAGGACCCCUUUGGGGUCUGUUUCCUCAUUAAGACUCCAGUCAGCCAGAUCAAUCUCUGACAAUUCUUCCGGGUCUCCACAGUUGUUCUUCUCUGCUCUUUCGUCACUGGGAGAGGACAUUGUGGCUGGAGACAUUGUGAACAUAAGAAGCCUUUGGGAGCAAAAGGAGAACCCCCAAACAGAUGCAAAUUCUAAGGUGACGAUUGCUGCUUCCUUUGGGAGAAAUGCUAUGAUGAAGCUUAAUUUUUUCUGUAUAAGUGGCCAUCCAUGUUAAGCCUGGUGGGGCUUUGCUGGAAAAGGGCCCAGAAGUGAUGCAAAAUGAAACAACACAGCAGCUUAGUUUUACUCUUCCUUAAUGUAGCUUUGAAAAGAUGCUUCACGUAAUGCAUUGUCAAAUUAAAGCACCCUUGAAGGACUUCUAUAGCCACCCUGUGACUAUUAAAAGAAAGAUUUUUUCUCCCAUUAUUGUGGCUGUAUGCAGUUGGCUCCUCCUCAGCUCAUUGAAUGCAAGCUCUCCUGUUCAUGGUAUUAAAGGAAAAUUGUUCCACUAUAUCAAGUGAAAUAUGUAUUUAAUUCAGUGUUUUAUUUUGCCAGAAGCAUAGUAGCUGCCCGAGGAAGCUCACAACCGGUCAGGAGUGUGAUAGCAUCUUCCUGCUUGCGCUUCCCAACAAACGACAUACAGAGGCACAUUGCUUCUACCUAUGGAGCUAAAAACAAAUGUUCACAUUGACUAAUCCUGGGUCACGUAUUCCUGCCCAGUUCCACACAAAUCAGAAUUCUAUGUUCUUCAUUGUCAUCAUCUGUUUGGUUGGUAUAAAUGUCUUUAUCCAAAAAGGGGAUGGAGAGGGAUUGAACGCAGGGAAGGAAAAUUUGCAAGUAAACUACCUCCAAGCUAGUUGUGCAAAUAUAUUCUUAAUUUUCUGUGAAAAUAGAUUGGAUAUAAAUUUUAAUUCCAUGUUAGUGGCCAACUGUGUCCCCCCCACUCAACCUCAGAAGGUUGUAUCUUUUUCAACCCAACACCUCAAAGGGUGGUUGUUGUGGGAAAAUAGAAGAGGAGGAGUUUCAGGUAUGUUUGCCGCUUGUUACUUGCAAAAAUAAUACAGGCAGGAUACAAUAAAAUAAUAAUAAUGAAAUUCUCCCUUAUAUGGAACAUAUUGCACAGUAAAGAGGAUCCAGGAAUUUGGAAUAUGGUUUUGAGGAAGAGAGUCGAGAUCGAAAACCAUGGAUGAUUUAAAUAAAGAAAAACCUCCGAUGCUUUGUAAAGUAUUAACACAAAUAUUUAAGGAGUGAAGAGUGGAUGGGAAACAGAAGGGGGGAUAGAGGACUCACCAAAAUUCCCCUUUACAAUGUAUAUUUAUGUUCUCUUUUCCAUAUUGCUUUUUCUAACUUUAUUCUUGACCCUGUUCUCAUUUUAUUUAUUGCCUUUAUUUAUUUAUUUAUUUUUUGGGGGGGGGAAUGUAUGCAACUGCAUAUCUUACAUAAAUAAUUGUGAAUGACUGCAGACUGGUACCCAUCCCUGGACUGGGAAUUGGGGACUCCUGAUUUAAAGUGUAGGAGCAUCUGGAAUAACAAUUCAGCAGAUUUGCUUGUUAACUUUUGAGCUAUUUUUCUGCAGAGGUUUGAGGUGAUUUUGGUUUUUGACAUAGGAUAGUGAUGGUGAAUUUUUUUUGGCACAGAGUGCCCAAACCGGACUGUGCAUGCAUGCACAUGCAUGUGUGCGCACUGGAAACCUGAACAACAGCUGGCCAGUGUGCAUGCAUGCACUUGCCAGCUGGUCUUUGGCCAUGCCGGAGCACCGAAAACCUGAACACCAGCUGGCUGGGCAUCCAUGUCUGUUUUUGGGCUGGUUUGGGGACCAUUUUUGUGGCUACUUUUAGCUCAAGACAGCCCAAAAAUGCCCAAAAGAUGGGCUGAAAAUGGUCUGGAAAAUGGCCUGUUUUUUGGCCUAUUUUCUGGCGCUCUGGCACCCAUGAAGACCAGUUAGCCGGCAUGCCAGGAAUCAGAUCAGCUGGCGACAGCGCACAAGUCCACAGAGAGGACUCUGCAUGCCACCUCUUGCAUGCAUGCCAUAGAUUUGCCAUCACAGACAUAGGUUCAGGUUUUUCUGGUAUCAAAUAAUGAACUGUUGUUUAAACUUCCAGGCCAAAGAAAAAGGAACAGAAGCACAGUGCAUGAAAUCAGCCCAUAUUUGAUGGCUAAUGGUCAAACUUAGUUUUUUUCAAAGCACUUCAAAAACUGUAGGGUGGAAGAAUAGUAAGGAUUUGGGUUUUAACCACUGAAAUUGCAAUUUUUCAUCCUCAUUUUUAGGUCAAGAUUCCUGGCAAGAAAUAUAAGUAUGUGGCAACUGGACAUGGACAGUACAAAAGGGUGCCAAUAGAAGAUGGGGCGAGGGCAAAAUAGCUGUGCUGGUACCAAACUCACAGGUAAAGGUAGGCUGAUGUACUAAAUAGCAUUUGCAAAUUCUUUUUGCACAU